GCUCUCUCUCUGCCGUAGUAAGUGCGCGCGCGCGCUGCCGCCGUCUUCCGACGCUACGUUUCUGCGAGAAAUACACAGGAAACUUGUCUAAAAACACACCGGAUCGACCCCCGAACGUCCGCCUCGGCAGACGAGACCCCGACCGCCGUCUUCCGUCGACCUUUCAACGGACUAAGAGCGAGCCGAGCGGCUGAGGGGAAACCCGACCGAAGAUGGGCGCAAAGUCGCGGUUCGCACACUGAAGUUGGAGGAUAUUUUCCCGGUGAGAGUGAAAGAGAAGCGGCGACUCGAUCCUCGGCGGGGCCGACCGAGAGCUCCAGCGUCGCUCAUCCUCUGAGGUUGAGCUAAGAUGAGCAUUACCAGUGAUGAAGUCAACUUUCUGGUCUACAGAUAUCUGCAGGAGUCAGGUUUCUCUCACUCGGCGUUCACGUUCGGCAUCGAGAGUCACAUCAGUCAGUCGAACAUCAACGGGACUCUGGUGCCUCCUGCUGCCCUCAUCUCUGUCCUGCAGAAGGGCCUUCAGUACGUGGAGGCCGAGAUCAGCAUCAACGAGGAUGGCACCGUGUUCGACGGCCGGCCGAUCGAGUCUCUGUCUCUGGUGGAUGCCGUGAUGCCGGACGUGGUUCACACCAGACAGCAGGCGUUCAGAGACAAACUCGCCCAGCAGCAGAAAGCCAGCGGCUCCGGCGCGGCUCAGUCUCACGCCACCAAGAACGGAGACACGCCGCUCAACGGAGAGGAGAACGGCACCCACUCGCUCAAUAAUCACGUGGAGGCGAUGGAGGUGGACAGCGAGGUCCAGAUUCCCGCCACCGUGUUGAGGGGUCACGAGUCGGAGGUCUUCAUCUGCGCCUGGAACCCCGUCACUGACCUCUUGGCCUCAGGCUCCGGAGACUCAACGGCGAGGAUAUGGAACCUGAUUGAGAACAGCAGCGGCGACUCGACUCAGCUGGUCCUGCGCCACUGCAUCCGAGAGGGAGGUCAGGACGUGCCCAGCAACAAAGACGUGACCUCGCUGGACUGGAACAGUGACGGCACGCUUCUAGCGACCGGGUCUUAUGACGGAUUUGCAAGAAUAUGGACAAAAGAUGGUAAUCUCAGCAGCACGCUCGGGCAGCAUAAAGGACCGAUAUUUGCACUCAAGUGGAACAAGAAAGGCAACAGCAUCCUGAGCGCCGGAGUGGACAAGACGACAAUCAUUUGGGACGCUCACACAGGAGAAGCCAAGCAGCAGUUCCCCUUUCAUUCAGCGCCGGCUCUGGACGUGGACUGGCAGAACAACAGCACCUUCGCCUCCUGCAGCACUGAUAUGUGUAUUCAUGUGUGUCGCCUGGGCAGUGAGCGACCGCUCAAGACCUUCCAAGGGCACACGAACGAAGUCAACGCCAUUAAAUGGGACCCUUCGGGGACUCUGCUGGCCUCCUGCUCAGACGACAUGACGCUGAAGAUCUGGAGUAUGAAGCAGGAUUCAUGCGUUCACAAUCUUGAAGCACACAAUAAAGAGAUCUACACCAUCAAAUGGAGCCCGACGGGCACCGGCAGCAACAACCCCAACGCUAACAUGCUGCUAGCCAGCGCCUCGUUCGACUCGACGGUGAGGCUGUGGGACGUGGAUCGAGGCGUCUGUCUUCACACGCUCACUAGACACCAGGAGCCCGUCUACAGCGUGGCCUUCAGCCCCGACGGACAGCUGCUGGCCAGCGGCUCCUUCGACAAGUGUGUGCACAUCUGGGACACGCUGAGCGGAGCGCUGGUGAAGAGCUACAGAGGAACCGGGGGAAUAUUCGAGGUCUGCUGGAACAGUGUGGGAGAUAAAGUAGGAGCGAGCGCUUCUGACGGAUCGGUCUGUGUUCUUGAUUUACGGAAAUAGCUCUCAGCUAAUCUUCGGUUUCCUCCGGUCCAUUGAGACCCGCGGCUCCCCGGGAACAGAAUCCAAAUGUUUGAAACCAAAAUUAGAGGAAGCGUCCGCUAGAGACGGUCAGAAGCGCUGUUGAGCGGCGACUCGGUCGAUGAAGAGCCGGACACGCUUCGUUUGAUAGCCGCUUUUUUUUGGGGGGUGUUUCGGAUGCCGCUGACGUCGCUCGGGUCGUCUGACCCUUCAGUGGAGAACAAACUUGAGAUCAAGACGAGCUCUCCUUGCAGGAGAACCAGAAACUCUGAUUGUUUUUGAAGACGUCAGCUUAUAUUAGAUACACGGGUGUAAAAGCUCCCCACUGGAUGUACAUUUAAUGAAUGUAAAGAUGUAAAUGAGAUCGCAACACGCAGAUUUUAUAAACUGUGUUUAUAUGUUUAUAAACUAAUCUUUUUCCUAAA